AUGGAGGCCUCUCAACCCACCCUGGAAAGGAUCAGGGCUAGAGCCACAGGGGAUCCUCCCCCUAGAGCCCCUAUAGCCCCUAGGGGACCUACUGCUAAAGAGGUCCUUAUGGAGGCUAACAAGGUCAGGCUCGAGGCCUUUUUGGAGGACCUUCCUACCUUGUAUCAGCAGGCUAGGCUGGAAAAUGCUAGCUAUCUAGGCCACUCCGAGAUCACUGAAGCCCUCAGAAGCCGGCUCUUUUACCCUGUUAAGCCCCCCAGCCUACCCUGUAGCUCCUGUGGAGCUAUAGCGGCCUUCCAGCAUGAAGACACCUGUAGAGGCGCUACGAGAAGGUGGAUCGCAAGGCAUGAUACCGCCGUAAGAGCCUUCUAUAGAGCCUUGGCCAGCGAGCCCUCCCUGGAGGUCCAGAAGGAACCCUUAGUGGAUAAGGCAACCAGUCUGCGGGCUGAUAUAGCGGUCACUGUAGGAAAUAGCCGCUAUUACUACGAUAUUCAGAUCGUGGCUAUUGCCAAGGAUUCAGCUAGAUCUGACCCCUACGAGACCCUUCGGGAGGCUGCAGAGGAGAAACGACGAAAAUACAGGACCCUAGGGGCCUUCUUUCAGCCUAUUAUUAUCUCCGCAGGGGGCCUUAUGGAGCUGGAGACCGCCAAGACCUACCGAAAGUUACAGGACCUUAUCGGCCCUAUAGCAGCAGCACAGCUCGAUUCCUCUAUCGGUCUCGCUCUUACAAGGACCCGGGCUAUCUCAGCAGCCUCUAUCAGCAGGGAAGCCCCUAGAGGGAUAGCUAGUUCCCUCUGGAAUCCCUCUAGAAGGGACCCUCAAGGCCUAUCUUAG